AUCAUUGCACUCCAGCUUGGGGAAAGAGCAAGACUCCGUCUCAAAAAAAAAAAAAAAAAAAAAAAAAAAGGAAAGAGACGGGAUCUCACUAUGUUGCCCAGGCUGGUCUCGAAUUCCUGGGCUCAAGUGAUCCUCCCCCGCCUUGGCCUCCCAAAGUGCUGGGAUUACAGGCAUGAGCCACCACGCUCAGCCAAAGCCAUCCUUUUCUACUCCUACUCCUUCCCUUCCUUGUCUGUCCUCUUUCCAAGCUCUCUCUGGCCCAUCCCUGACUUCGCUACAGGCAGAAGGUGGAGUCAUUUUCCAGCGGCCGGCGGCGAGGACUUCUUUGUCUCCCAGACUUGUCUUGGCCUCGUACGCCGCCAGGUUGCAGGUACAAACUUUCAGGUCCAGCCGGCUCCUAGGGCCACAGGCGCGGCCAUGUGGCCUUAAAGGCAGGAUUCAACGAUCUAGAGCGCAAGCCUGGGUAGGGCGUCCGCCUCCUCCCGGCUCCCGUCGAGGCCGCGUGGGAACCCGUUGGCCGCGCAGGCGUCGAUCUCCCCUUUUGACACUGAAACUCCCAUGAGGCCCUGCAGCGUCCCCGGCUUCGCUGAAGACGCCCUGGAAAUCGGCCGGCUCCGGAGGGCUCGGUGACUCUGGCCGCACUGCAUUAUGGAAUACAGAGUCUAAGAGAAAACUAGCGCGGCACCGACUCGCGACCAAGCUCACGUGUUUACCUUGUGCACUGGGGUGGGGGCGUCAGAGAAGAGCAGCUAACAAGAUUUCGUCAUAAGAUCGCGACCAGACAGGCGGCGCCAUCUUCGAACUUAGACUUCCGGAAGGACUUUGGCGAGGGCUGGGCGUGGUGACUCAACCUGUAAUCCUGUAAACCUGUAACCUGUAAUCCUGUAAACCUGUAAUCCUAGCACUUUGGAAGUUGAAGCAAGAGGAUCACUUGGGCCCAGGAGUUUGAGACCAGCCUGGGGCAGCCACUUCGGGGGGUACUGAUGGAUACCUGCGGGGUCGGCUAUGUUGCCCUGGGGGAGGCCGGCCCCGUGGGGAACAUGACUGUGGUAGACUCUCCUGGAAAAGAGGUGCUAAAUCAACUUGAUGUCAAGACCUCUUCAGAAAUGACCAGUGCAGAGGCUUCCAUAGAGAUGUCAUUACCUACUACCCCUUUGCCUGGAUUUGAGGAUUCUCCUGAUCAGAAGAGGCUACCUCCAGAGCAGGAAAGCCUCUCUAGACUGGAACAGCAAGAUCUUUCGUCAGAGAUGUCAAAGGUUUCAAAGCCUAGGGCCUCAAAGCCUGGCCGGAAGAGAGGUGGUAGGACACGAAAAGGCCCCAAGAGGCCCCAACAGCCUAAUCCUCCAUCAGCCCCUCUGGUUCCUGGUCUCUUAGAUCAAUCCAACCCUCUGUCCACCCCCAUGCCUAAGAAACGAGGUCGAAAGUCCAAGGCAGAGCUGCUGCUGCUGAAAUUGUCAAAAGACCUAAAUCAGCCAGAGUCUCCAUCUCCAAAAAGGCCCCCUGAGGACUUUGAGACCCCAUCUGGGGAACGACCCCGCCGAAGAGCUGCCCAAGUGGCACUCCUGUAUCUUCAGGAACUGGCUGAAGAGCUCUCAACAGCCAUGCCUGCUCCUGUGUCCUGUCCUGAGGCCCCCAAAGUGAGCAGCCCCACCAAACCGAAGAAGAUCCGGCAGCCAGCAUCCUGUCCAGGUGGAGAAGAGGUGGAUGGUGCUCCACGGGAUGAAGACUUUGUUCUCCAGGUUGAGGCUGAAGAUGUGGAAGAAAGUGAGGCCCCAAGUGAGAGCUCAUCUGAACUCGAGCCUGCAGUUCCCCGAGGCACCCCGCGAGGAUCUACUUCGGGGAAGCAGAAGCCACACUGCCGGGGAAUGGCUCCCAAUGGCUUACCAAAUCACAUCAUGGCUCCUGUUUGGAAGUGCCUCCAUCUCACCAAGGACUUCCGAGAGCAGAAGCAUUCAUACUGGGAGUUUGCUGAAUGGAUUCCUUUAGCCUGGAAGUGGCAUUUGUUAUCUGAGCUUGAAGCUGCUCCAUACCUGCCCCAGGAGGAAAAGUCUCCAUUGUUUUCUGUACAACGUGAAGGGCUACCUGAAGAUGGCACCCUCUACCGAAUAAACAGAUUUAGUUCGAUCACAGCACAUCCAGAGCGCUGGGAUGUGUCCUUCUUCACGGGGGGACCGCUCUGGGCUCUGGAUUGGUGCCCAGUGCCAGAGGGGGCAGGAGCCUCGCAAUAUGUGGCUCUUUUCUCCAGCCCUGACAUGAAUGAGACACACCCACUGAGCCAGCUUCAUUCGGGUCCUGGGCUGCUCCAGCUCUGGGGCCUUGGGACCUUGCAGCAAGAAAGCUGUCCUGGCAACAGGGCCCAUUUUGUCUAUGGGAUUGCUUGUGACAACGGCUGCAUCUGGGACCUCAAGUUCUGCCCUAGUGGAGCAUGGGAACUUCCAGGCACCCCUCGGAAGGCUCCUCUCCUGCCCCGGUUGGGUCUCUUGGCUCUGGCCUGCUCAGACGGGAAAGUACUGCUAUUCAGUCUACCCCAUCCAGAGGCUCUGUUGGCUCAGCAACCCCCAGAUGCAGUGAAGCCUGCCAUAUAUAAGGUACAAUGUGUUGCAACCCUGCAGGUGGGGUCUAUGCAAGCUACAGACCCCUCUGAGUGUGGUCAGUGCCUUAGCCUGGCCUGGAUGCCUACCAGGCCUCACCAACACCUGGCUGCUGGAUACUAUAAUGGCAUGGUGGUUUUCUGGAACCUUCCCACUAACUCACCCCUGCAGCGGAUACGGCUCUCCGACGGCUCCUUAAAGCUCUACCCCUUCCAGUGUUUCCUAGCCCAUGACCAGGCUGUGCGUACCCUUCAAUGGUGCAAAGCUAACAGCCAUUUCCUUGUCUCUGCGGGGAGUGACCGGAAAAUCAAAUUCUGGGACUUACGACGACCUUAUGAACCCAUAAAUUCUAUUAAGCGCUUCUUGAGUACAGAGCUGGCCUGGCUGCUCCCCUACAAUGGCGUCACUGUGGCUCAGGACAACUGCUAUGCCUCUUACGGACUCUGUGGGAUUCAUUAUAUUGAUGCUGGUUACUUUGGUUUCAAAGCCUACUUCACUGCUCCUCGCAAAGGCACUGUUUGGAGUCUUUCAGGAUCUGAUUGGCUUGGGACCAUAGCUGCAGGAGACAUAUCUGGGGAGCUCAUUGCUGCUAUAUUGCCAGAUAUGGCACUGAAUCCAAUAAAUGUCAAGCGACCUGUAGAGCGAAGAUUUCCUAUAUAUAAAGCAGAUCUGAUACCGUAUCAGGACAGUCCUGAAGGUCCAGACCAUUCUUCUGCUUCAUCUGGGGUCCCUGACCCUCCCAAGGCUCGAACUUAUACUGAAACUGUCAACCAUCACUACUUGCUCUUUCAAGACACAGAUUUGGGUUCAUUCCAUGAUCUGCUCCGGAGAGAACCAAUGCUGCGCAUGCAGGAGGGAGAGGGGCAUUCUCAACUCUGCCUGGACAGGCUGCAGCUGGAGGCUAUUCAUAAGGUACGUUUCAGCCCAAACCUGGACUCCUAUGGAUGGCUGGUAUCUGGGGGGCAGUCAGGGCUGGUUCGAAUCCAUUUUGUCCGUGGACUUGCCUCCCCACUGGGCCACCGUAUGCAGCUUGAAAGUCGAGCCCACUUCAAUGCUAUGUUCCAACCAUCCUCCCCCACUAGACGGCCUAGCUUCUCUCCAACCAGCCAUCACCUUCUGCCCACUCCCUAGCUUUGGUCCACGACAGACCCUUGGAGUGAAGUCGGUCAAGAACAAAUGGCCCCUAUGCACAGAGCCAUAGGAACUGGGGGCCUUCCCUGGACACUGAUCAUGCCAGGCCUGGACCUUUAGGCCUGCCUCCCAGGACUCCUUAGAUCCCACUCUUUCCACAGACUUCUGUGAUCACAGCCCCCUGCGGGCAGGGGGGCUCUCCCUCCACAAACUCUCAAGGCUCCUCAGCUUAAGACUAUGGCUCAUGAGAAACACUCAGGCCUGACCUAGGCUUGGGAGUCAAACUGCUCAUAUUGAGCGUAUUGUUAAGUGGGUGAAGCUUAAGUAAAGGUACUGGGUGUUUUUGCAACCACUUGUGAAUGGGUGUAUGGAGAAUUGAAAAAGGUAUCUGCAUGAAGGCUCCUGUCUGACUAUUUUAGGAUACUAUAUUACUGCCUUCUGAAACUUCCUCUUUAGGGUAACCAUUAUAUAUGCCCACAAGGGUGAUAGUAAUUUGUGAGACUGAAGUUGCUUUGAGUACUACUUUGACCAAGGAACACCACGAACACCCUACCGAUAGAACAGUAGCUCAGAUCUUAACUUGCUCCUGCUUACGAAGUAUUCCCAAUCACUGGUCAUCUGACCCUACUUGAACACUCCUGAAGAGUCAUGUUUUUUAAAAUCUUCCUUUAUAUCAAGUCAGAGUAUACCUCUAUAAAUUUUACUCAUGGGUGUUAGGAAAUUUAGUCAUCUUCCCUGUGAUUUCCCUGUUAAAUAUUUAACCAUAGCAAUCAUGUGUUUCCCAAGUCUUCUCUAGAUUAAAUAUUUUCGGUUACUUCAA